AUGAAGAGAUUCUUUGGUAUGUCAAAAACAGCACCUGCUCCAACUCUUGAUGAAGCAACCAAGCGUGUAAGUGUGAUUUUGAUUAGAUUACGUUCAAUUCAAUUUUUGGAUAUGAAUAUAGGUGGUUUAGAUGAUAAGAUUAGAAAGUUAGAUCAAGAGUUGGCUGUCUAUAGACAACAGAUAAAGAAUACAAGACCAGGUCCCGCCCAAAACGGUAUAAAAGCAAAGGCUAUGAGAGUAAUGAAACAAAAGAAAAUGUAUGAGGCACAAAGAGAUCAAUUAUCACAGCAAUCAUUCAAUAUGGAACAAACUAAAUUUGCAACACAAUCGAUGCAAGAUACAGUUACGAUGGUCUCUGCAAUGAAACAGGGUGCCAAAGAGAUGAAACAGCAAUUCAAACAUAUCAAUGUAGACGAUGUCGAUAGCUUGCAAGACGAGAUGCAAGAUCUUCUAGAUUUCAACAACGACCUUCAACAAUCUAUGAGCAGAGCAUAUACAACACCAGACAGUUUAGACGAAUCUGAAUUAGAAGCCGAAUUAAUGUCAAUGGAUGAUGAAUUGGAACUUGAAGAUACACCAUCCUAUUUGAUACCAUCUGCACCGACUACAGAGCCUUCGGCAGUGGAUGAAUAUGGUUUGCCAGAACACAAUCAUGCCUCAGUCAAUGUAAAUUAG